AUGGCCCCGAGCAGAGUGAUGUUUUCUUUUGUGUGUGCUUUGUUCUUCAGUGUAGCCCUAUUGCCGUCAGGGUCCUGGGCAGGACUUGAGUAUUCCCAGUCAUUUCCAGGAGGUGAAUUUGCUGUGUGUGAGACCUGCCGGCUCGGUCGGGGGAAAUGCAGGACGGUGUGCUUGGAAAGUGAGAAGAUUGCAGGAAGGUGCAAGCUGAACUUCUUCUGCUGUCGGGAGAGGAUCUGAAUGCACCAACCAUCGCUCCUCGGACCUUCCACUCGUACUGAAUGAAUGUCCAAAGCCAGAAGUUUUGUGGCUGAACUGGGCCCCAGUGAAUGUAGUUCAGUGUCCGUCUCCCCUCACUUUUGUUUCUGUGCUUCCUUUUCAUUUUAAGAUGAUAAAAAUCAAAACAGCAAUGAAUACCUUCUACUCAAUCUCUCAUAAAGCAGGGAACAGGGUCACCACCCGAGAGUAGGUGUGGCUGAAUGCAGAGCGGAGAGCCCAUAGGCCAGUCUCCUUUCCUUUUGCUGUCACACACCAACUGAGUUCAGUUACUUUAUAAAGAAAAGUUUAUUUCACCCAGACUAAAGUCCAAGAUCAGGUGACCUCAGGCAUUUGACUGUAGAGAGGUCUCCCACGCUGUGUCAGAUCAUGGUGAGGCCAUCCCGGAAGAAGAGCGUGGAUGAGAGCAAAUCCUGUGCUGCGUGAAAACAGGCCUGAGGGCAGGGAGGGGAGUGGGGGACAUUUUCAUUAUUUCAUAAUAAACUCUCUGGG